UACACAGACAGGGCAUAGACGAGACAAGAGAGGGUGGGUGCGAAAGAGCGUGUGUGCGUGUCUGUGAGAGAGAAAGGGAAUGGCAGCUCCAGGGAAAUGCUUACUCGUUACGGGCCCUCCUGGUGUCGGGAAGACCACUUUGGUGAUGAGAGUGUUGGAGAGCCUCCGAACCUUAAAUCCUAACUUCAAGAUUCAGGGUUUCUACACUAGUGAGAUUAGACAAGGGACCGAAAGGGUUGGGUUUGAAGUAGUGACAUUAGAUGGUCGAAGGGGUCCUCUUGCUUCUACAACCAAUUCAAGCCCAGAGGCUCUCAGAUGGCCCAAUGUGGGAAGGUACAGAGUAGAUGUAGCAUCCUUUGAAUCACUGGCACUGCCUGAAUUGCAGGUCAAAGGAGAUACUGAUCUCUUCAUAAUUGAUGAAGUGGGGAAAAUGGAGUUAUUCAGUUCAUCGUUCUUUCCUGCUGUCCUAAAAGUUCUAGAAUCCAAUAUCCCAGUCUUGGCAACUGUACCAAUACCAAAGUUUGGCCGUGACAUACCAGGAGUUGCAAGGUUGAAGAAUCAUCCAGGAGCAACAUUAUUCACACUGAACUCCAGCAACAGGGAUGCAAUCAAAGAACAGAUUUAUGCACAACUAGUGGACUUGCUACAAAAGUGCUAGGUACCCAUGCAAUUCUUGAAUGGUUCACUUGUGAUCAGCCUUUUGAAUCCAUAAUUGUCUCUUCUUUGUCAGAAAUUUUAGUGUGAGAAUGCUCUUUUGAAGCCUUUUGCUUCAAUGGGUGGAGCUACAUUAAUCUUCUUGGCAGGCAUUCGAGAU